AUGAACAAGAAGCUACCAGAAGAGGUAGAAGCUUACCUUGACGAAAUAGUCCAGCGUCUCACCCAUUACCUGAAAGACCAGCUCGUCGGGGUGUAUCUCUUUGGGUCAGCGGGUUAUGGCGCCUACGAGUCUGGCCUCAGCGACCUUGACGUGCAGGCUAUCGUAAAGGAUCCGCUUGACACCGUUGAUAAGGAGGCAAUUAUAUGCCGCUUGAAUCAGGCUGCCUUGCCUUGCCCGGCUACCAAACUCGAGUUUGUCAUCUAUGCUCACAGCGCUGUGUAUCCGGCCAGCCGUCAUCCUCGGUUCGAAUUAAAUCUGAACACAGGACGUCACCAGCCUGAUCACAUUAGCCUUGAUCCCGCGAACGAGUCAAGCCACUGGUUCUUGCUCGAUAUUGCUAUGGGGCGCGAACUUGGCCGUAGCCUGCACGGCCCCGAUACCACCGACGCUUUCGGCGCGAUCCCCCAACGCUGGAUUUUGGAAGCCAUCGGGAACUCGCUCGACUGGCACCAAGCAAACGAACUCAACUCGGCCAACAGCGUUCUCAACGCUAGUCGGGCCUGGCGAUUCAUCGUCACAUGCGAAUUUUCUUCGAAAUUGGACGGGGCCAAAUGGGCCAUGCAACAACAGGGCUGUCCGGACAUUGUGAGCCGUGCCAUUGCAGCGCGCAAAACAGGAGACGAACUCCCUACGGCGCAGGUCCUGAGGCUUUACGAUAUUGUUAUAGCAGCCAACCGUGCCAAAAUCGCGACAGAUAUUGAAUGA